ACUCGUCCAGUUUAAAUAUAUCAUACCUGUUCGACAGCUGGAUCACAUGAGAGUCAGGAUACCGCACAGGAGAUGAAAUGCUGUGUUUAGUGACGACCAUGUUAUUCAUGUUACUGCACUAUGCUUUUUACUAACUGUUAUUUUUCCUGAUCUCUAUAACUUUAGAUUACACUGAAGAAUGGAAGCAGGCUUCAAUAACACCACCUACAACACAGACUACUACGAUGACAGAAACCUCACAGGACUUCAGGAUGACGUAGGAAUGUAUUACAUAGAAUAUGUUGUGAUGUGCAUAGUCAUCAGUAUCGGCCUUCCUCUGGUGCUCGUGACCAUCUAUGCUCUUUCCUCUCUGGUACGCCAGGGUCAAGUUGCUCCGAUAUACGUCAUCAACCUUCUCAUUUCAGACAUCAUUCAGCUCUGCUGCAUGAUCGCACUUGUGUCAAAUCAUGAGACUCUCAUGGCUGUGAAUGUCUACAACAGUAGUCUACUGUCGAGUGUUGGCUUCAUGGUGUGCAUCUCACUGGAAAGGUACCUGGUCAUCGUCCACCCACUGUGGUACCGAUUCAAACGAACCAUCAAGAUCUCUAUAGCGGUCUGUGCCGUAGUCUGGGCCUUCCCUCUUGUUUAUUUCCUUUUUGUGUUUCCCUGGGUUACUUAUACGGUUGGUGUAAUAGUACUCCCCAUUAUCCUCAUCAUCCCCUUCCCACUGUUCAUCUUCUUCCUGGUCAGGACCCUCAGAGCCCUCUCUUCUACCGCCUCAGUCCGCUCUGAUGAGAAACGACGAAUCGUUGGAACUUUGGUGGUGGUGCUGCUCAUUUACACGCUGCUGUUCCUGCCCAUCAUUAUUAGGUUCCUGUUAGAGGCGACUGGCUUUUACUCUUCAAUGUUUCACUACACGUCCGGUAUAUUUGUUAGACUGAGUCCUCCUGCAGACUUGCUCCUGUAUAUCUUCAUCAGAAAGCAGACCAUGGGCAACUGUCUGGCCUCUGUGUGUGGUUGCAUAAAGGAGAGCAAUGAUCCCACCACAUCAGCAGUGACUGUUGACGACAUUUAGACAGAAAGCUUUAAGGAGGCAGAGAGAGAGAAGAGAAAACAGAGCAAAUGUACUCUAGAAUCAUAGUAUAUCCAAAAUGUACAUCCAUGUCUAUCCAAAACCUUUAGCAUGUGCAUGAAGAAGGACCAUGUUUGUCAUGUUGUUAAUCAUCUUUGAAAGCAUGAAAACUAGCUACACACACUUGUGGAUCUUUAAUAAGUAUAUCUUUUACUUCUGCAGCAACCAGAACUUAGCUUCAUGACUCCUCCCACUCCAGGAGUCGGUUAACAGACGCAGUGAUACAGCUGCUAGGCAAUUCUGAUUACUACUGAUAGUUAGCAGAAGAAAAGCGCUAGGCUAAUGUAACUUUCCAUCUCUAUCCAUUUCAACUUGAGAAGGCAUUUGACAGAGUAGAGUGAGGCUUUCUGAUAAAGGUCUGUGAAAACCUGGUUUGGGGCAGAAUUGAUCAAAUGGGUUAAAGUGGUCUACGCAGGGCCGAGAGCAUCAGUGCUCACCAACGGACAAACGUCCCCCUUUCUUCAACUCAUACGCUUCCAUCUUCAAAUGUUCUUCAUGGCACAGAAAUAAAUCACAUGAUGAAUUAUGUGUAAA